AUGUUGCGUGAGAUAUUAGGAGUGUCCCUGAUCUGGCGAGACCAUGUGAGAGCAAUGGAGGAAAGAAAAUUGCUCCGUAGAUUUUUGGCUGAGUCGCAGGAACAACUGUCUCCUAGGAGAAUGAAAGACAGUUACAUCGAAGUUCUUCUGCCUUUGGGCACUCAGCCGGAACUGCGAGAGAAAUAUCUGACUGUUGAAAAUACUGUGAGAUUUGGCAGGAUUCUUGAGGAUCUUGAUAACUUGGGAGUUCUUAUUUGCUACAUGCACAACAAAACUGAUUCAGUUCAGGUGUCUCCUUUCUCAAUAGUUACAGCCCUUGUGGACAAGAUUGAUUUGCAUAAGACACGCUUAAAUCCAGAGCAGGACAUCAAGUUUACUGGCCAUGUUAGCUGGGUCGGUAAGACAUCCAUGGAAGUGAAGAUGCACAUGUUUCAGUAUCACGACAAUGAUUUUUUUCCUGUAUUGGAUGCAACAUUUGUAAUGGUGGCUCGUGAUGCUGAAAAUAAAGGGCCGGCAUUUGUACAUCCACUCAUCAUUCAAACUCCAGAGGAAGAAGAGCUCUUUCAACAAGGCGAAUUGAACAAGGGGAAAAGGAUUGAUUUUUUCUCUGCAUCAUUACUGAAAAUGGCUCCCAGCGCUGAGGAGAGGACAACUGUCCACGAGCUGUUUCUUAGCACAUUGGAUCCAAAAACCAUCAAUUUUCAAAGUCGAGUUUUGCCCCCUAAUGCAGUAUGGAUGGAGAAUUCAAAACUGAAGAGCUUGGAAAUCUGUCACCCUCAGGAGCGGAACAUUUUCAAUCGUAUCUUUGGUGGUUUUCUUAUGAGGAAAGCUUAUGAACUCGGAUGGGCUACUGCAUGUCAAUUCUGUGGUUCCCAGCCAUUUAUAGUAGCUGUGGAUGAUAUCAUGUUUCAGAAGCCUGUUGAAGUUGGAUCAUUGUUGUUUCUUUCAUCCCAGGUUUGCUUUACUCAAGGCAAAUACAUUCAAGUCAGAGUUCACAGUGAAGUGGCUUCUUAUGAUGAUCAAGAACAUACGACCACCAAUGUUUUUCAUUUCACAUACAUGUCAGAGAAAAAAGUGCCCUUGGUUUUCCCCAAAACUUAUGGAGAGUCUAUGUUGUAUUUAGAUGGACAGCGCCACUUCAACACCAUGUCUCGGCUUGUGAACCUAAGAGGGUUCACAACUUAA